AUUGACAAUAUGAGCCAAAAUCAAAAUUUACAUUCAAUGACAAAACUAACCGAGUUUGUGCGGGAUUUUGAAGAAGAGCCCGACACAUUGUUUGGUCGUUUCGUCAAUAAAAUACAAAAUGCUUACAAUCAAAGUUAUAAUACUGUCAACGAUUUGUCCAGUGUUACGCAGCAGACAUCAUCAACGUCACAACAUGCAACCAACAAAUCUGUGUUCUAUGCCGAUGUUAAAUCUCCAGACAACAAUUCAACCAUUACACGUGAUAGUUCUUCAUCCAGUGUCAAUUCGUCAUCCAUCACAAAUGCCCCUUCCCACAAGACGAACAAUGAAAGUUCAUCGGUAUCAACGGAUGAUAAUAAUGCAGUCGCAAGGUCUGAUACCUUACCUGCAGAUGCCAGUGAGGGCCGUUCAAUGAUUAAUGUUCUCAAACGCAUUCGAACGAUGAUGGCAUCUAAAAAUAAUGAUUUGCGCAAUUAUAAGGAUACGGAUCUACAACGUUUCUGGAUGCCUGACUCCAAAGCAAAGGAGUGUUAUGAUUGUACCCAAAAAUUUUCAACAUUUAGACGUAAACAUCACUGUCGCCUGUGCGGACAAAUAUUCUGUUCGAAAUGUUGCAAUCAAGUAGUUCCGGGAAAAAUAAUUAUGUGCUCCGGCGAUCUCAAAGUCUGCAAUUAUUGUUCCAAAAUUGUUCUCAGCUAUUUGCGUUCCCCGAAUAUAACCAAAGACUUAAACGCGGAUCUGCAGGCACUCCAACAGGACUUAAGCAGUAAAUUGGAAACGAAUAGUGACAGCGAACCCGCAAAACUUACGGCCGAACCGAUUCGCUCACAAUUGCAAAGGAAGGUCUCGGUGGGGUAUCAAGAAGAACGCAUUGCUGCCCACCAACCACCCAUUAGCUUGACGAUGGAUGAUCGCAAACACAUUUUGCAGCAGUCCAAUUCUCUAAUAACACUGUAUGAGGAAAUGCGCAAGGUUUUGCCACCACAAAAUUGUGGUACUGAGCUGAUAGAUUUUCUCAACACAAAUCACAAGUCUUCCAAUAAGGUUCAGGCCAUUGCCAUAUUAAAUGCCAUGUUAGACGCUGGAUUUAUACAGGCAAUUGUUCAUGAUUCUGAAGAAACGGAAUUUGAUGAAAACCUCCAUUAUCGUUUUGUAAACGAUCUACCCAGGCAAGUGUUGGAAGGUUAUGUUGACAUUAAUCAACCAUUGGAGAAUACUCACCCGCAAUAUGAACAGUACGGCAUUGAACCACACCCACCAAAAUCAUUGGACGCCUCAUUUGGAGCAAUGACGACGCGUGAUGCCGAUUUGGAUAACGCAAUGCACACAACAGCCUCUAAGCUACUGGAGUCCUACUGUGAACACGAAGAACAGCUUUUAACACAAAUGCUACGCAGCUUCAAUUUAGAUCUACAGUGGGCAAAUGUCCUCAAUCCGCUUUGCUGUCGGGCAGCUAAUCAUUUCAAACCGGAAUACUGUACCAAUGAUUUAAUGGACAUAAGGAAUUAUGUAAAUUUUAAGAAGGUACCCGGUGGUAAACGUUUGGAAAGUACCAUUGUUGGUGGAGUGGUAUUUUCGAAAAAUGUGGCUCACAAAGACAUGGCUACUCGUGUGGAACUUCCCCAGAUCUUACUAUUGCAAUGCCCCAUUGUGUAUGAGCGUAUCGAGGGGAAAUUUGUGAGUAUAUCGACCGUUCUGCUGCAGGAAAAGGAAUAUUUGAGAAAUGUUUGUGCUCGCAUUAUGAGUUUCAAACCGAAUGUGGUAUUGGUACAUAAAAAUGUAGCCGGUGUCGCACAAGACAUUCUGCGCUCGAAUGGCAUAACACUGGUAUUGGAUGUAAAAUUGUCGGUGAUGGAACGCCUAGCCCGAACAUUGCAGUGUGAUGUUCUCACCACAAUCGAGGGCAAUAUUGAAAGACCAAAACUGGGAAAAUGUGACGCCUUCUAUAUUCGAAAUUACCACGAUGAUAACGGGGCAACAAAAACUCUUAUGUUUUUCGAAAAACUACAGAGUCCCAGAGGCUAUACUUGUCUACUGAGGGGGGCAAGCAACAAGGAAUUGGCCAAGGUGAAAAAGAUUGCCUCAUUUUUGGUUUAUGCUCGCUACAAUUGGCGCCUGGAAAUGUCAUUCCUCUUGGAUGAGUUUGCCGAAGCUUUGGCACAUAAACCACCCAUUUUCGACUCCAAAGAAACCAGUCCAGCAGAUGAGAAUGCUAACUUAACACAGAAGAAGUCCAAUAAGUUGCCGCAACUGCGCUCGGCAAUACCAAAGCGAACUCUGGUUGUGGAACGCAAAUCGGAGGAAAAAAUCCUAACAACAUCAACAGAUGUUUCGGCUGACUUUAGUGACCCCUUAAGGUCUACCGACAACAAAACUAACCUAGAAGCGUCACAAAAUUUACAGUUAGCCGUUGAGCAUCGCUAUGAUAAUCGCUUCCGCAGUGCCCUAAGUUCAACUAUACUUUCUGUAAGUCCAUUUCUGUCAUUUCCCCUACCGUACUUGGAAACCGAACAGGGUCGCAAAUGUCCUUUGCGCGCUCUUUUCCCCCCUGAAUUGUAUUAUUCCAAGCUGUGGUCAGAUCCAAGUACGGCGAACUCAAAUUCCUAUAAUAUGGAACGUUUAGAAAGUACCGAAAUAAUACCAACGGAUGAGGAUCAGGUGGAGUUAAAUCCACCACAUGAAUUUCUAAAAAUGAAAAUUACCGCACCAAUCGACAAUAAAGACAUUCAGACUCUGCUGGCAGAGUUUAGAGCGUACGGUGGAAGGUAUCCAAAGCGAUCGAAAAGUAAGUAUGGAUUAUUUCCCCGGAAGGAGAAAAAGUAUCAAAAUAACCAAAAAUGCAACGAUGGAAAUGUCUACAAAGAUGCGCUCGAUAUUGAGAACCAUCAACGACUGCCGGUGCUAUUCUGUAGUUUCAUUUUUAAUCCAAAGGGUGCAUCCUCAUUUUGUGCCACACCCACGUUGUUGGAUAUGAAAUUCUAUGGCCAACACGAUAUAAUGCUGGGGCAAUUUCUGCAGCGCUAUUGUUGUCGUCGUUCCUAUAUGUGCACACGGUGUAAUUUGCCCAUGUUGGGUCACACCAGGCGUUAUGUCCAUUCAAUGGGCUGUGUCAAGGUUUUCCUCAGCGAAGAUAACACCAACUCAGAUCCGAAUAACAUAUACUUUACGGCGUGGUGUAAUAUAUGCAAUGCAGUAACUCCCAGCGCUCCUCUGUCCGAAACUACCAAAUGUCUGUCGUUGGCAAAAUAUCUGGAGUUACGUUUUCAUGGUCAUGCAUAUCGCAAAAGAUCCUCAGGAGAUGAGAGUAUUAAUGGUACCACAACGACAGCCUGCCAGCAUUCGCUCCACCGUGACUAUAUUCAUCAAUUUACUUAUCGAGGUGUUGUUGCUAAAUUCCAAUAUACGCCCAUUGAUACGUGGGAAAUAUCCCUGCCAUAUCUGACACUAGACCUACAUCCGCCAAAGGAUUUCAACCGGUUUGAGGUGCUCGAAGAUGUCAAACAUUUCUCCAUGAAGGGCCAUGACAUAUACACCCGAAUACAUGAGCGCAUAGCUGAUUUGGCAACGGAAGAUGAAAAUUCACCUCUGGUAGCCAAUCUCAAGACCAUACUGAGCAAGGAUCAAUUUUUAUUCAAACAAAAGGUGGAAAUAGUACAAACAUUGUUAACCGAGAACAAGGCCAGUCCAUAUGACAUAAACGACUCCCUGUUAAUGGCUAAACGAGUGCUUGCCGAAUGCAUUGACCAGUGGGGACCUCGUUUGCAUGAAAUGGUUGUAGCUCAGAAAAUUGCAUCGAAACAGGCUCAGGAAACAGGUCACCAUGUCAUCGAUGCCGGUACCAUAUGUACAGAAGAUUUGCGUUCGGAAAACACAGACUAUUCUCCCACUCCUAAGACGGUUGUUGCGGAUGGAUCCCGCUUGGUGGGAACAGCUAGUGGCGAGGAAUAUCAGGAAGGUGUACAAAACAGUGAGACACCAAACAGUGCGGACAAAUCAAGUUCGGAUUCGCAUUUUAUAAUGCCCGCAGUGCCACCCUCGUCCAAUGCCGGCAGUAGUUCUACUUCGUCUGACAAGAAAACAAUCAAGAAAAUGUUGACGCAAUUGCUGCCCUCAACAGGUCCCGUAAAUCUUUUGCAGUCGCCAUUUAGCCCUUUAGAACAUUACACAUUGCCUUUGGGAGCAUUCCCCAUGGUUGUACACGAUCACGACUUUAGUUCGAUUAUUGCGUAUUGCCUCACCUCCAUGGAGUACAAAAGGGCACUGAGUGUACUGGCUACACAGCAACAUUUCACAGAUACUACUUCCAUAUCCAGCAAUUCUGGCAUUAGUGCCAAUCCCAGUCCACACGUAAAACGAAAGUCUCAAGAGGGAAAUCAUGACAUUGAAGAUGUCUUAAAGGAUACCAGUACACCGCCACCUAAUGUGAAUCCCGAAGAAGAGCGAACAAAAUCGAAAUCAAACAAUUCCCAUGUGGAAAUUUCAUUCCACGAUAACCAGACCCAGUUCACAUGCAAGAUCUAUUUUGCCAACGAAUUCGAUCAGAUGAGGGCUAAAACCCUGAAAUCUCCCAAACUCGAUAAAUCCGUCUACAAAGAAAUUGAACGCAUCAAAAAUCGUGAAGAGUUGAAAGUCACACAAAGUAAAAAUGGUCCCGAGAUUGAAUUGGUUCGAAAACCCAGCGAUGUUGGUCAACCGCACAGCGCUGUACCGGAUAUCAAAUGGGAAAACAACAAAGAUGAAAACUCAAAUUCCCAAAUGGAUGUUACCGAAGAAUGUCGUUGUUACUUUGCCCGUUCGUUGUGUACCAGUGUUCAAUGGGAGGCGAAAGGUGGUAAAUCGGGUUCGAGAUUUUGCAAAACUUCUGAUGAUCGGUUUGUCCUAAAGGAAAUGAACAAGAGCGAUAUUAGCAUGUUUGAAAAUUUUGCUCCCAACUAUUUCGAUUAUUUGAGUAAAUGCCAGCAGAAGAGUCAACCUACACUUUUGGCUAAAAUAUUCGGUGUAUUUAAAGUUACCAUAAAGAAAAAGGACUCCGUUGUCGAGAAGGCCUUGUUGGUGAUGGAAAAUCUUUUCUAUGAAUGUGAUAUUAAAAAUAAAUUCGACUUGAAGGGAUCUGAACGCAAUCGUUUGGUGGAUCCCACAAAUCAACAACAGGGCGACACAGUCCUGCUGGAUGAGAAUUUUGUUCAAAUGUCCUGGCUAAAACCUUUGUACAUUUUAACUCACAGUAAAGUCGUUUUGAAGGAUGCCAUUCAUCGCGAUGCCAGUUUCUUGGAAAAGAAUCAAGUCAUGGAUUAUUCCCUACUUGUUGGCCUCGAUGAUAAAAACGGAGUCUUGGUAUUGGGCAUUAUAGAUUACAUACGAACUUUCACUUUUGACAAAAAGGUCGAAUCAUUUGUUAAACAGACCGGUAUACUUGGUGGUAUGGGGAAAUUGCCCACCAUUAUACCGCCAGAACGUUACAGAAUGCGUUUUGCCGAUGCUAUGGAUCGUUAUUUCUAUACAGUUCCUGAUCGCUGGGAAGGUCUAUCGAAAAUUUGAUAUUUAAAUGUUUACUAA